UGUGCGACACGCGCGGAGCUGUUUUGCAUCUCCACUCGCGGCUCUUACGUAUGUAAUUGAAUUUAUUUUCAAUGUCGAACUCCCCCGGACCGAGCCGCGGAGUUAAUGCUCACGUAGAUGCGUCAUUCAACGACAAGCCGAGCUACGUGAGACGUUUGAAUUUCGGACAAUCGAUCCUCGAUCUCGACACUGUGGAGCAAUGUCACAAUCGCGUCGUUGUGGUGGACGAAAGCGUGACUCGCAUACCGUGCACCGUAAAAACGGAAUAUGUGCGCAAAUGGAUCGAGACUCACGGUGGGGAUACCGAGGACGACGCGAUGCGGAAGAACAGCGGAGAUGCGUCCCGGUUGUCUCCCGUUCUGGGAACGUUGGCGACUAGCGUCGUCUCCGCGAAGUCACCGAUACUCGGUGGCAGCGGCAAACGACGCAAGGGAAAGAUCCGUAUAAAUAGACACGCUACAGUGAAAAAGACGAACAAUCAAGAUUGUUGGGAGACCGGAGAGCGUUUCGCAAUGAAUUUUGAAUCGGAUUGCGAGAAUAAAGAGGAGGAGAACAAAACCGAACGGAAAGAGAUUCAGCGUACACCGUCUUGUGAGAAAAACGUGGCGACUGAUGAUGAAUUGUCCCCCGUUCUCGGCACGCACCAACAUCGCAAGAGGAAGCGAAGAAAAUUGCAGCGUGACGAUCCAAGCGCAAUUCCACAAAGAGAAGCUAACAACAACUGUUGCGUCGUAAGAGAUGUAUCUGCAAUUGACGAGAUGAAAGGGAGCGAGAACGCUGGAGUUGCAAGUGAGGUAACAACAAGUCCAAUGAUCUGUCAGAAAUAUCAGGGAACAUUCACUUCUGCGGAAGAAAGAUUGAACUUACAGGACAGUUCGAGCAGCAAUACCGACAGACGCAAUCCAAACAUAGAAGUAAGCCCAAGCGAGAACAGCAGAGAUGAAGAUGAAGGGUGCAAUAAACUUUCGGAUUCAAACACCAAUAGCAACAACAGUCUCAGUAAUUUCAUAGAAGACGUUAAUACUCAAAAAACUACGCAAGUAAUUCAGUCCUCACAACUGACUGCCAAUGAUCUCGAUGAAACUUACUGUUCCAAAGCUGAAAUGAUGCUGGAAAACACACGUCUGUCCGCACAGAUUUCUCAGGUGACGUCGAUGAACAGAGCUACACAGAAGACUGGGAGCAAGUUGACUCAAACCGAUCACAUCAGCAGCAUAACUACUCCGUCAAAGAAGUCACCGGACAAAAGCAUGUACGCGUAUCUUUUGGAUUCUGGGAAAAAACGUCAAAAGCCUAAAAAAGGGAGCAUGGUUUCAAGGUUGCAGUCUCUGGUCAAUGCGCAAGUGUCGGACAUUCGCAUAUGGCGUCAUCAAAUGAGUAAAAACCAGGACGCUGCCGUGCAGUUCGUCAGCGUGUUUGUGCGUAGUUGCAGAAAACAGUUCGGCAAUCAGUUUCUGGACGGUAUUCUGCUCGAGGAUCGUUUCAAUCUUCUGCAAACCAACGAGAAGAUCGAGGAAACAAACUCGAACAAUACUCAAAUCCGAUCGAAACAAACCCCGUACAAGAAUAUAACAAUUAUGCUAGUCUGUGAUAUAGUAGGUACGUUGAAAAUGAUGUCGGAAUUUGUGAUAAAUCUUUAUCCACCUUGGACGAUCUUAGAUAGGAACGAUCUUACUCUGGAAGUAACGUACAUAAGCAUAAGUGACGACAACGUAGUACCUGAUGUUGCGAACAGAAGCAAUUCACACGAACGCCCGAAACGAAUUGUCAAAGAAUUCAACUGUCCGUGUAUAGAAGAGGAGAGGGAAUUGCCGUUUUGUUCGAGAAAGCCUAGUAACGAUAAACCCGACGUGAUGGAGAAGAUAUUUGAGUUUUAGUGACAUAGAUUUUGUAUAUUUGUAAAA